AUGUGACUAGUACAGGCUUGAAAGACUGGAUGACUGAAAAAGGUGAUCACGUGAACGCAGCAGGCUUGGUGAUUGGUCACAAGCGUGUGGCGCUUGGACGAGGAAGAUGAUGGUGGUGAUGAUGAUGAUGAUGAUGAUGAUCCCUGUGGCAAGUGUACAAGCGCUCAGUUGAGUUCGCACGAGAAGCCGCCUGCACGUUCAAUGGAGUUGUCGUGCGUUUAUUGUCAAUAAUGUCAUGCUACCGAGUGACAGACAUUUUGCCUGCUAGCCAAAUAGUGAAUGGCCGCUUGCGAGCAGCGGACGGGGACAGUCGUCAGGCGGCGGCGACGGUGGCGACGGGCAUCGUGUAAGGAACAAGAAAAAGCCAAGCACCGGCGGCAGACAACCGGAGCACCGGACCUCACCGGUGGCGGAGCUACACAGACAACUCAGCUGUGACCGAGGGUCGGCGACUACUCUAUCUGGGGCAUUUUCAAGCCUUACAACCGCAGUGAAAAUAUACCACAGGCGGACUUUUUUUUUUUUUUUUUUUUUUUAAAUAUAUACAUAUAAUAACACUUUUCCUAAACGUGUUUUUCAAAAUAUUUUUCAGUGUAAAUACAGAGCUGCAACGUUUGUACAUAGGAAUACUUCACGUUUAUUUGUGCUGAAUUUCUCCGUGUUUUUUUUUUUUUUUUUUAAAUAAAUUAAUCGCGGGACCUGACGAGACACGAUGUGGCUUUGGGAUUGCAGGGUGAAAGCUGUAGCUGGCAACUAGUGUGGACUGAAUGGGUGGCAACAAUGGGGAAAUGAAAUGUCAGUAUUUUGAGGGCUUUAGUUGAAGACAUUUGCUCGAAGACUGCAUCUCUCCCAGUAGGCACGUGAAAAUACGCUGCUUGAGUGGGGUAAUAAGGCCUUGAAGGUGUGCUGUUUGCUUGGCUUAGCGGUGUCCUCAAGUGGAUUCUGAAGAAAAUGUGGAGGAUGCUACAAAGGAAAGCGAGGACAUAAAAUAUUCUCCUCUGAUGUCACUGUGGAAGAAAUGAUGAACGAGAGAGGAAGGAAAGUGGCUGAGGGUCACUAGUUUGAGCACAGCUGACACCUUUUAGGACAAGGAGAAAAAACGUCUGGGGAACCGAGAGAGAGAGAGAGACAGAGACAGACAGGGACUGACAGAGGAGAAAAGCUGCAAAGGAGGUCUCGGCAGACUGAGAAAAGCCAAUUUCCAUGGCUACCGACCCGGGAGAGCCCACAGGCACGGAGGACUCCUCGGAGAAACCUGAUGGACAGAGGAAGGAGGACCUGCACCAGGAGGGUGGAGCGAACACGCAGAGGGACAGGACACAUAGCAACCCCUCGGACGUCCUCCCAUCUCAUGCUGAGGGGAGGAGAAGGACUGGAGAAGAGCAUGGAGGAACAGGAAAAGCUCAUCAGGAGGGUGUGGUAGCCUCAGUCACACCCCAGAUUUUCUUCUCAACACCCAUCUUGCCAGUUGACACAGGCCAGAAAUGUCAGAGGCGGAAGAAGCGCUUCUUCAGGAAGAGCGUAGAGAUCUGUGAGGAGGAAGAUGACAUGGUUCUCCCAGAAGCUCCCCAUAGUGCGCCCCACUUAGAGCUGCGCUCCUUUGACCCAGUCUUCACCAGCAGUUUCCAGCAGCAAGGAGCUGUGUCCUGUGCUGGCCUGGGUCAAGACCCAUCUUGCCCGAGUGACCAGGAGCCUAGCAAGGGUGGCGCUCCUUCCUCACCCUCCCAAAAGGGGAAAGAGAGGGAGCGUGAGCAGGAAGAGGAGGCAGAGAUGAAAGCUGUGGCCACCUCUCCUGGAGGCAGGUUCCUCAAAUUUGACAUUGAACUGGGCAGAGGAGCUUUCAAGACCGUUUUUAAAGGGCUGGACACUGAGACCUGGGUGGAGGUGGCUUGGUGUGAACUUCAGGACCGCAAGCUGACCAAGGCGGAGCAGCAGCGCUUCAAGGAAGAGGCUGAAAUGUUGAAAGGGCUCCAGCAUCCCAACAUUGUGCGCUUCUACGACUCGUGGGAAUCUGUACUCCGUGGCAAGAAGUGCAUCGUCCUCGUCACUGAACUCAUGACCUCAGGAACACUCAAAACGUACCUGAAACGUUUUAAGGUAAUGAAGCCCAAGGUCCUGCGGAGCUGGUGUCGUCAAAUCCUGAAGGGCCUUCAUUUCCUGCACACCAGGACCCCUCCCAUCGUGCACAGAGAUCUCAAAUGUGAUAACAUCUUCAUUACGGGCCCCACUGGUUCUGUAAAAAUAGGUGAUCUGGGACUCGCCACCCUCAUGAGGACCUCUUUUGCCAAAAGCGUCAUAGGAACUCCAGAGUUCAUGGCUCCGGAGAUGUAUGAGGAGCAUUAUGACGAGUCUGUGGAUGUCUACGCCUUUGGAAUGUGUAUGUUGGAAAUGGCAACUUCCGAAUACCCCUACUCAGAGUGCCAAAAUGCCGCUCAGAUUUAUCGCAAAGUCACAAGUGGUAUAAAACCAGCCAGUUUUGAUAAAGUGAAUGACCCAGAGAUUAAAGAGAUCAUUGAAGGUUGUAUCCGUCAGAACAAGAGCCAAAGGCUGUCCAUCCGAGACCUCCUGAACCACGCGUUCUUUGGCGAAGACACAGGGGUCCGUGUGGAGUUGGCAGAGGAAGACACAGGCACACAGGACUUUUUGGCUCUCAGGAUUUGGGUUGAGGAGCCCAAAAAGCUCAAGGGGAAACACAAAGAUAACGAGGCCAUCGAGUUUAGCUACGACCUGGAGAAUGACAGUGCUGAGGAAGUGGCUCUGGAGAUGGUCAAAUCUGGCUUCUUCCAUGAGAGUGAUGCCAAAGUGGUGGGGAAAUCCAUUCGGGACAGAGUCAGUCUGAUCAAGAAGUCACGGGAGCGACGGCAGCAACAGCUGCUCCAGCAACAGCAGCAAGGAUUUGAAGAACGACGCGACUCCACUCUAACUUCCUACACCUUCUCCCAUCCAUCCCCAUCGUCACUGGGGGGCGGAGCAACUGGAGGAGGAGGAGGAGGAGGAGGGCAGGAAUCUGACAAUCUGCCUGAAGUAGACCAACAUGUUGUCAGAGGGGCAAUACUAUGCCUGCCAGGGGAAAGCCUUAGGUCUGCCAACUGUGAAUCGAAUGCUAACGGGCAGAGCCAGUCACACUCUCAGCCGGGGGAAUCGUUCUCUUGCUCUCAGACUUCCCAGCCCGUCGCUACAUCUUGCACUGCUGUACUGACUAAUCCCCUGAGGCUCCCAGUUGGUGAAGGUGGAGGUGUUUCGAGUUUGCCAGUUGGCCAGAGUGUCAGUUUGUCCAGCAUUGGCCAUAGCAGAGGUCCAUCUGUUGGUCAGGGCUUUCUUCAGCCCACCGCCAUGGUUCAACAGGUAUUGCCAAGUAUACCUCAGCAUUAUUUUCAGGGUUUCCCCCAGGUCGUUUUUGGAGGAAUUGCAAAUUCACAAACAUUCCCAUCAGAUGUGUUUCAAACCGCCGCCCCCCAAGCGUCGCUGGUCCCCUCACAAUCAUACAUCACUGCUGUUUCCCCACAAGUUCUCACUUCAUCCAUGUCCCUCAGUGAUCCUGCUGGGCUCAUGGUGACUAUUGUUCCCCUCACUCAGCAGCCCCAGGCCCCUCCCGUGCAGCUCACUGACAUUACUCAGCAGCCAACACCCCAACAAACGCAACCUUUGCAGGCGAUCGAACCACAGAUUGGGCUAGGUGGCCAGACCUCCGGCCUUCAACAGCAGCUAAUGGAGAGUCAAGUUGCUCUGCCUGAGCAACACUUUAGCACCACUCAGCCUCCAGUAGGGCAGCUUCAAAAGAGCCUUCCAGCUAUAGCGGUCUUGAAACAUCAACAUGAGCCUCAGCAGCAGGAGACCCUUCCCCCAACUCCACAGGACCAAGCGGCAAGAGCAGGUAUGGCUCAACAAGCUUUGUCAUUGCCACCACUCGGGGAACAUUCUCAACCAGUGAAGGAUCCUUGUGAGCAGAUCACCAUACCACCCCAGCAGCAACAGCAAACCUUGCUACAAGUUUCAGGACUUGACCAGCAUCACAUUUAUAUCCCACUUGAUCAGCAACUAAAGCAGCAGCAGCAACUGGAACAGCAGCAUGCAGUUGUACACAAGCACGUAUUGGAUCAGCAAAAAGCUCUUAUUCAACAGCAGCAUCAGGCCAUGCCACAGCAAGCACUUUCACAACACCAUCUAGGGCAACAGCAGCAGAAACAGUUGUAUCAACAAAUGGAAAAUGCCAAGGCAAGAAUACACGAAGAUCCACUGAAGCAACAGCAAGCAGUGCAUCAGCAGCCCAACCCGACUCAACAGGAACAACAGCAACAAGCUCUCUUACAACAGCAUUUACAGCAACAGCUUGUCUUGCAGAAGCAACAAAAGCAGAAGGCUCAGCUGGUACCACAACAAAGCCAGCUGCACGCUUUUCUGCAACAACAGCAGCAACAAGAGGUUCUGCCGCAACAAGAUCAAAGUGAAAGAUUACGAAAACAGGAUCUAUUACAACAACACUUUCAAGAGCAGCAACAGUGCCAACCUGCCAUUGUUCAACUUCAGCAAACAGAAAAACAAGAGACUGUCUCUUCUCUUCAAAGCAGUCGUGAGCAGCAAAUGCAACAGAAACAAUCUGAAAUGCAUCAGGCCUGCACCCAUCAACCAAACAGCGCUCAGUUCAUAGCUCAUAACCCCCUUAUGGGACAACAAGCUGCACUGAUCUUGCAGCAGCAAGCGUAUUGUACGCUUCCUAAGCAUGCUACGCUUGCAGGGGAACCUCACAACCCACUUGGAGUUCCACUUAGCGCUGACGUGAUUCAGCACUACACUCAUAUUGGCUGCCCAGCCCCGGCUCCCAUGGUCAUACAGCCUGUCAAGACAUCCAGUGUCAUCCCAGCUCAAGUGUUCUCCCAGCCAGGACAAAGUGAAGUUCAUACCCAGAACCAAAGUCAUGUUCAGGUCCAAUACAUAAGCCAGUCUACCACCGAAGCAGCUCAAAUAAUGAUUGAGCCCCAUGUCGUUCCUGUGGUUGGAAUUACCCAAGGACAGGCACAAAUUGUCAUCCAAGCCCAGAAAGUUCCAAGUCCUUAUGCUGAACCAACAACUUCUAUUAUGAACCCAGUGUCUUCUCGGCCAAUAAUUCUGGCUCAGCCUCUGCAGCCAGCAGACUGUCAGUCCAAACCAUCGCACAGCCAGAACUCAUCUGGUGUUGUUCAGAUUAUGGGCCAACAAAGCCAAUCUGCAGUCCAACCUCCAGCAACAAUUCCUGGUCAGAUACAGCAUGAGACUCUUGUUCAUCAUAACGUUCAAAUGCUAGGCACGCUGCAGUCUCAGCUUCAGCAACAAACUCCAAGCCAUAUGCUUCUCCAAGCACAAAGUCACACUGCAGCAAGCCAGUCAGUGUUGCAGUAUCAGCAGGUGGCUAUGUCUGCUGGAACCAACACAGCCAGUCUCAAUACUCUGGAUUCUACAUGUGUUGGGACCACUGCAGUCAAUAUUCCAGUGGUCCUGGCUCAGCAGCAGCCAUUAGGAAGCACCACAAACUCCUCAGAUAUUCAGCCCAUCUCCCAGCCACAGCUACGGAUGCUUUCUCAAGGUCAGCAACUGCCCCCUCCCUCCCUAAUCCAGUUGCCAGUUGAGCUCAUCCUGGCCCCAGGCCAGCCAAAAUCUCCUCUCAGUCAGGUCGUGAUUGGCAGGGAUGAGGCUGAGCUGCCAGCACAACAAUGUCAGCCUGCUGCACAUCCCGACACACAGCUAGCCGCCAGGAAUGCGGCUGAUCAUCAUUCCCAGAAUACGAACCUCCCGUCCUUGCGCAAGAGCGCAACGACAGGCAUAGUACCUUCUCCUCAACAGCAGGCCAGGCACACGCUGCCAGCGCACACUCACGCACAAACCAGUAUUCAGGUCCAGACAAACAUUCAAGAGGAGGCUCAUUCUCAAACGCAGGCACCACCUGCCGAAGCACCCGUUCUUCUCCAUGCAGCCUUCCCUGUACAUCAAAUAGUCCCGAGCCCCUCUCACACCUUGUCUCCCCCAUCAUCACUACCAUCCUGCCAUCCUGCUCCUGCUACCCCUAUGCCAGAGCUGCCAUCUGCACUAGCAGCCCAGGUCACCUUACCAGGGCAAAGCAACUUUAUACCUACCUCCCCUCCACCUGCUGCCACUAUAGAGAUGCUUAAUUGUCAUGCACCCAACCUGCCCCAAGCCUCGCUGCAAGACUGUGACAUUUCCCUGCUGGGCAUUUCUCAGGAUUGUCUACCUCUGUCAAAUACAGAACGCCCUUCCUCAACUAGGUCUGUGCCUAUAAAUGAAGGAGAAGCUGUUUUGCUCUUGGAAAACGGCAAAUUUGAAAAAGUAAAGGCCCAGAGGAGAUCAUCUUCUCUGAGACCCGAUAAGGUUCCACAUCAGUUUCAACUGAGUAUGCUCCAGGUGUCAGGCAGUGGAGACAAUAUGGUGGAAUGCCAGUUGGAGACCCAUAGCAACAAAAUGGUGACAUUUAAAUUUGAUAUGGAAGGAGAUGCACCUGAGGACAUAGCAGAUUACAUGGUGGAGGAGGUCUUUGUCCUUGAUGUGGAAAAAGACAAGUUCAUUGAAGAGCUCAGAGCCAUAGUUGAGAAAGCACAGGAAAUACUACAAACACAUUCACUUACUGGGUCCACUGAUCAGUUACAAGUCAGCACUCCCACAAGCUCUACGUCCGACUCUGUACCGCAUUCCUCUCCGGUGGGACGCUGGCGUUUCUUUAUCAACCAGACCAUUCGCCAUAGAGACUCUCUCUCUAGCCAGGGAACAGCCACGACACCUCCCACUGGAGACACAAGGACACUCCCACCCCCAAAAACAGACAAAGAAAAUGAAAGCUCCCAGAGUCUAGAGUCCUUCAGUGGAGUGUCCUCUCCGUCUUGCACCACAUCAUAUGCACUCUCAACUGUCUUAUCCCCCUCUGCCACAACUGCACCCACUUCACACACCACUUCACCUGAAAGCAUUCUUGAAGCCUCCGGCCCUCAAACUAUUUCAGGUUGUCUUGAUCUGCCAGUCCUCACCUCAACUUCUGUCGACCAAAGGCUCAGUGUGCCAAUAUCCACAGCAUUAUCUGUUGCCACCGACCUUACCGCCAUGCCCACUGCUUCCAUCGUUGUGCCUCCCAUGCCGGCUGACGUCACAGUAAGCCAUCCUGACUUGGAGCAACUUCAGCAGACUCUCUCCCAAGGAUGCACAUCAGCUCCGCAGCAGCAGAAUCCGGUAGCCCAGCAACAAUUGCAACUAGAGCAACAAGCGCAGCACCAAAUAGGGUUAACACUGCAGCAACAAAAAACACAGGAAGUUUACCUGGAGCAAAUUCACCUGCUGCAGGAACAGGAGUUUGUGCAGCAGCAGCAACAACAAAUACCGCAGAAGGCUUCACAUGAGGUGCAACAGUGUCAGCUACUGCAGCAGGUUAUGCCUCAACAGCAGUUCCACACGGACCAUCAGCAGCAGCAAUUAAGCACACAGCAGACGGUGUACAUGCCACAGCAGCAGCAACAUCAACAUUUCCUUUGUAGCCACGUGGCACAACCAACCCAAAUCCCUGCUGACCUGCCACCACAGCAUUGCCAGAUACAAAACCUAGAGCAAGAAGAAGUGGUGAGAGCCGCCGACACACCUCUGAAACAACUUCCGCUUCCCAAACAAUCCUCUUUACAACAGUCUGAGUCUGAGGUGUCCACAGGAGAAAUGAGCGUCACAGAUGACGCAGUACCGUUUCAUCCUUCCUCUGACUCUUCUUUGCCACCUCUUCAUUUGGCAGCGAACGAAGCCUCCUUUCUCCCUCUCUCCCUCACACUUACCCCAUCCCCUGCUCAGCCUUCCUCGGUGGCCGAGUCGGACAGCGAAGGUCCCCCCAAAAUAGAAUUUGGGGACAAUCGGAUGAAGACGCUGGACGAAAAGCUGAGGAACUUGUUGUAUCAAGAGCACAGCAGCGGCGGUGCGGCUCCGGCCGGAGGAGCUGCGUCCGCUCCAACGUUAACAUCGGCUGCCUCCACGUCUGCAGGUGGAGAUGAGUCAUCGGAGCCGCAUCCAUUGUCAUUCCCGCCACCUGCCUCUGUCUCAGAUGCAUCUCCACACUCCUCAUCCUCCACCACUUCCUCUUCCUCCACCACCACCACCCCUGAUCCUGAGAGCUGCAGAGGAUCAGACAAAGGAUCCUCAGAAGUCCUCCACUCAGAAGAGCAAGGGCUGAGGGAGCAGCAUCCUUGCCCAUCUCACCCUUCCACCUCCAUCACAUUGACCACACCGCCCCCUGCAUCUCGCCUCCCUGCCAAUCAGGAUGUCCCUGCCGGGCCUCAGCGGCCUCCUGUGCCAGGAGAACCAACUAUCCUUGCUGUAUACCGACACUCAGACAACACCACCACCGGAGAAGCAUUGCAGCCCCACCGCCAGCAGAUCCCCCUCUGGCAUGGAGCGCAGCAGCAUAAUGCAGGAGGUGGAUAUUUUGGCCUAAACCUGACAUGUCCUAGUAUCAGAAAUCCUGUUUCUAGCAAGAAAUCCUGGACUCGCAAAUUCAAAAACUGGGCAUGCAAACUGCGCCAUUCCGCCAGCUUGUUCAAGAAGCCCAGAGUCCAGCAAGUUUCAUUAUCAGAUGGACGAUCCGGCAGUCAGUCAUUAAAAGAGGUGAAAGAGGUGGCCCCGCAUCCAACUCAGUCGCGCAAAGGACGAUUCCACGUGACCCCAGUGCCUCAAUCCUCCCCGCCGAAGGAUGCGUCAUCAGGCCGUGGCAGCACUCAAAGAAAAGUGGGCCGCUUCUCCGUUACGAAGGCCGAGACACAGGACGAGUUGGGCCAAACGGACAGCUCUCGGGUGUCUCCUGUUUUGCUCAGGGAGAGGAGGAGAUCACGGGUAAAGGAGGCAGAGAAAGAUGAAAGCAGGAGGACGCCAGUAAUGGCCCAUCUAGCUCGAGGUCACGGGCACAGCCACUCCCCCAUAGACAGCAGCGACGAUGACGACGACGGGAGUGAGUUGGAGGAUGAAGACCUAAAAACAGAACUGCACAAGCUGAGAGAGAAGCACAUCAAAGAAGUGGUGUCGCUUCAGGCCCAGCAGAACCGAGAGCUGCAAGAACUGUACCGACAGCUACGUUCCCAAAAAGACCAAAGGCAAAGUCUUCCUGUUUGCUUGUAUCAGAGCCCCGCUCUUCCCACAGUGCCGCCGCUCCUCUCUCCUCGUAGGCCCAGGCCAGCCAAAAUCAAACUCCGGCCCCGACCUCACUCUCAUAUGGAUAACAAUGGAGUCACACAUGCUGGAUUUCAACAGACGAGCAGUUUUUCUGGUGCUGAACAGUGUGGAGUGCCUCCUCAUUGCAGCUCAGAGCAUCACUCCUCACUCCCUGCCAAAAGAGAUCAAAGCCCUGCCAGGAACAGCACCUUCACAGAUGAACUGCACAAGUUGGUUGAUAAUUGGACAAAGGAAGGCGUGGGCCAGAGCAUACCCAAGCCUUCUCUCAAUCAGAUCAAACACAUUCAGCAGGUGCAGGAGUUGGGAGGCUGGUCCCAGCCAACUGAGGCGGCUCCACCAGGUUGGUUUCCAUUGGUCCCUAUGAACCCGCAGGCACCCCCAGUUGCUACAAGCUUGUCCGUGGCAGCCCCUCCCCAGAACACAGGAGGGGAGGGCCUGUCCAUCUCUCCCGGGCCUCAGCCCCAAGCGCACAAGGUCCAAGUGCCAGAGAUGCAGCCCUGUUUACACCUCCCGGUGUGCAAGCAAGUACAGCAACAGCCCCGGGUGCAAGCCCCCAUACGGCCGCAGUCUCUAGCGCAGACACCGGCCGUCGUCCGGCUGCCUGGCUCGUUUCCUCAAAGCCGACCCCCACUGCCUUCCCUCGCCGCCGCGUCUCAGACGGCCACAGCCAUGUCUGUGCUCCCCGGCGGUGGUCCCUCCACACCCACGGAUAGCAGCUUUGCCAGUGGGGCGGCAUUUUGCUCUUGUUCCUCCUCAUCUUCAACCUGCUGCUCCUCCUCCUCCUGUUUGAAAGCUGCUGUACCUUCCAGUGCCAAAAAUCACCCAACAGACACCCCCGUCUCCACGCUUCUUCUGGGACAGAAAUGAAACUAAGGUUGGUGUAGUUGUGAAAAAAGGUGCCAGAAAAGAGUAAAUGAGUUGGAGCAGGAAGUGGCGCAGAUCCAUUUGGAGUAUUAGGCUGGAUUUACACCACAGUAUUGAUAGGGACCAAGGUCUGUUGCAAAUAGCUUUAAAAAAAACGAGGAAUUGAUGCCCCCUCACCCUAAUUUGUUUUUAUAAUUGCCUAUGUUAAUAGUUUGUUCCAUAAAUAUACUACAAACUAUGAUCCUGGAACACUUAAAUAUCAUAUUAAACUCCUCUUAAAACAUUACUUGAUUUGAUUUACAACUUGUAAAAUAUAUGCACAGGAAGCGCGCAUGGACAUGCGGCGAAGACUCUUCAUAACUUGAACAAACAACCCAGGCAAAACUUCCUUGCCGACAUACAAAAUCUUAGUCUCUCUGUUGAGAUGCAUCACUUCAACAUACUUCCUUGACACCAAUUACUGCUUUCCUUUUAGCCAGGUCUUUGGUGCUGUCUUGUGGCAUCUUUGAGCAAAAUUAAACUAAAAUAGCCGUUUUUCACCGAUUAGCUAAGGAUCGGUUCCAGAGGAAAGAUUUGAUUUAGAAAAAAAUGCACCCUAAGUGUGUAUGUAUGUACUGUGCAUGCACAUAUGGCAAAACUCUAACUUCAUUUAGAAACCUAGGUUGAACUUAGCUCCUCCCUGACAUACAAAGCCUGUCUCUCAGUUGAGAUGUACUACGAGUUCUUUCACACCAAUUACUGUACUACUUUCCGAUUUAGAAAGGGCUCUGUCGGCAUCUUAAGGCAUUUCAGGAAGAACACAAAACCCAGAAUUAGGCCUCUUCCAAAUGUGGCUAAAAAGCAGAUAUGAAUGGGAUAUCUGCCAAUGUGACUGCAGCGUAAACAGAAAGAUCAAAUCUACCCCUAUGUGAAAAUGAUGUCAUCGCAAAUAUAAUCACAACAAUAAACUACGGCAAAAACAUAGACCAUUAAAUAUGGUGUUAAUAUGCUACAUUUGAGGUAACGCAUACUAAGGAAAAUAAUUGCCGACAGCGACCAGUUGAGUCGUGCGGCGGUGACCUCCAUUUAAACCAAUGGGAGGAGGAAUCAAUCCAAGGCAACCAAACACGAUGUAACAUUUAAUAUUUGUGUUACUUUAUUAUUGUUUACUAGUUUCCCUAGGUGGAAUUUAUAAAAUUGCAUAUUGGCACUACAUUGAAAAUGGCCACUUAGACCUUCAAUGUAAAUCCAGUCUUGGAUCAGCAUGCGAAUGAGAAGUUUGAACUGCAAGGGAUAAUGACACAAUGGGGCGUGAAUCUGAGAGAUGAGAGGCUCUAUAGUAUGUACAGAUUGCAGGUGACAUUGAACGCAGCACCUGAGCUUUGUGAAUCUUUGUGGGUCUUGUUUUUUCAUGUGCGUGUGUGUGUGUGUGUUUGUCUACAGACUGUAACAGAGAAUUUGCAACAUAUCCCUGACCAAACAUUUACUGAUCAAAAGGUCACCCUCGCAUCUCCCGAAACAGACAAAAUAUAUGUUGGUUAUAUGUUUUGUUUCCAUAUGUCAAUGCUUGCAGUGAAAGGACGAUCAAUUUUAAAAGUGCAAUUAGUAAUGAUCAUGAAAAUUGAUCAGCAUGUAUUGUAAUAAUUUGUCUGUAUGUUAUAAAAUAUUUUUGUAUAAGCAAAGUGAUGAAACUCGUUGGGGAUCUUUUCAAACGGUUGGCUUCAAGCACAAACUGCUUCAGUGGACCAUGUAAAAAAAAAAAAAAAAUAGCUGGUUUCGGAAUGGGCUUUAUUUCAAGAUGGAUAACUCAGAUUUACCAAAAGCAACAAUGAAGGAUUUCUGCUGUGUGGCUCAUUAAUCCUAGUGCCAAUCUAUUAGCAAAUAGACCUUAAAUUUAUUACACAGAAAUAAUACCACCCCAGUAAUGAAUCAUGUUCCUUUAAGUGCUAAUUACUGCCUUUGUAUGUACAAUUGUUAUGUUAAUGUGUGACAUCUUGGCUUUGUUUUAUCACAGUUUGGGAAAACAUCAUGAUAGCUCACCCGUACACCCGUGCCAUGAGUAAUGCAAUAAAUCAAACAAUGAGCUGACUAGACAGUGUAAUAGUAAGAAAUGAAUCUGCAUGCACUGACCAAUUCUCCUGCACUGAUGCAUUGCAGCUAGCCAUUUUUAUCAAAAGGCUUACUUAAAUGUAUCUAACGUAACUAUUUACACUUAUUAUCUAAAACACAUCCAGACUCAAGCUAUUUUCAACACUUUAAAUUGGUUAAUAAUGGGUUAAAAUAGAAAACAGCGUGGAUAUAGACAAGUAGUAUCAAUUUGUGAGGAAAUGUGACAUUCUGGGAUUUCCGCCCGACAGCGACGAUGUUGAGUUUGUGUUGUAGGUUUGGUCAGUCUUCUCACGCAGUUAAUUGAGAUAUAACCACAAUAUGAGAAACAGCUUUUAGUAUGAUUCAUACAACCACGAAUAUAGGAAAUAAUUAUCUGAGCCCUCACUGAUUUUGUAAGUUUACCCACUGGCAAAGACAUGAGCGGUCUAUAAUGGUUUAUUUUAAGAGCGAGAGAUAGAAUAUCUAAAAGAAAUCCAUAAAAUCACAAGAGUGAAAUUUGUAUUUGAUCCCCUACCAACAAUAAAGAAUUAGACUUAGAAGAAGACUAGUUCUCUCACUAUAAGAAAGUACUCCUAAUCUAAACUUGUUAGCUGUAUGAAAGACACCUGUCUCAACCUGUUGCUUGUAUGCAGACAUCUGUCCACAGAAUCAAUCAAUCAGACACCAAUCAUUGGCAAGACCAAAGAAGUUUCCAAGGACAUCAGGGACAAGAUUGUAGACCUGCAAAAGGCUGGAAUGGCCUACAAGACCAUUGGCAAGAGGGAGGGUGAGAAGGAGACAACCGUUGGUGCGAUAAUUAGUCUCCCUUGAUCUGGGGUUCCUCGCAAAAUUUCACCUUGUGGGGUAUCAAUGAUCAUGAGAAAGUUUAGGCGUUAGCCCAGAACUCCAUGGGAGGAGCUUGUUCAAGGCAGCUGGGACCACAGAUAUCAAAAAAAAUAUUGGUAACACACUAUGUCAUAAUGGAUUAAAAUCCUACAGUGCCUGUAAGGUUCCCCUGCUCAAGAAGACACAUGUACAGGCCCAUCUGAGGUUUGCCCAUGAACACCUGAAUGAUUCGGAGAAUGAUUGGGAGAAGGUGAUGUGGUCAGAUGAGAAAAAAUAUCGAACUCUUUGGAAUCAAUUCGACUCGCCGUGUUUGGAGGAAUAGGAAUUCAGGCUAUGACUACAAGAACGCCAUCGCCACCAUCAAGCAUGGAGGUGGGAGCAUUAUGCUUUGGGGGUGUUUCUCUGGAAAGGGGACAGCUCACCUUCACCCCAUCGAGGGAAAUAUGGAUGGAGCCUUGUACCGAGAAAUCCUGGGUGACAACCUCCUUCUCUCGGCCAGAAAACUUCAAAUGGGUCAUGGAUCGGUCUUCCAGCACGACGAUGACCCAAAGCGCACAGCCAAGGCAACGAAAGAGUGGCUAAAGAAGAAACACAUGAAGGUCGUGGAGUGGCCUCUCCAGUCUCUAGACUUAAAUCCCAUCUGCGGAGGGAGCUGAAACUUCAAGUUGCCAAGGGACAGUUUGGAACCUUCAGGAUUUGGAGAGGAUCUGCAGAGGAGUGGUUCAAAAAUUCCUCCUGAGAUGUAUGCAAACCUGGUGAUCAACUAAAAGAAACGUCUGUCCCCUGUACUUGCCAUCAAGGGGUUCUUCACCAAAUACCAAGUAAUGGUUUGAUAGGGGGUCAAUUACUUACGUCACUCAAUUAAUUGAAAAAUAUUUUGUAUUAUGUGAUUUUCUAGAUUUUCGUUUUGAUAAUCAGAAUCGUCUUUAUUUGCCAAGUAUGUCCAAAAAACACACAAGGAAUUUGUCUCCGGUAGUUGGAGCCGCUCUAGUACGACAACAGACAGUCAAUUGACAGAGAACACUUUUGAGACAUAAAGACAUUGAGAAAAACAGUCACUGAGCAAUAAAGGGUUGCUAGUUACCUGGUAAUGCCGGUACAUUAUUUUUAAUUUAUUUUUUGACAAUUGUGCAAAAAGAUGCAGAUUCCUCUAGCACUUAGAGCAGUUCGAAUGACUAAUAUUACAAUACUCUGUUGCAGUACCCCUACCAUUAAAAUGGUAGACUCCAUGUCUUUGUCAGUGGGUAAACUUACAAUAAUUAUUUCCUCCACUGGACAAUGCAUACAGUGGUUCCUUGAAGUUGGACAAUACAAUUUGCCAUUGAGAUGCCUAUUUGCAAUAAUACAUUCCAGAUUCACAACGGUUCUCAUCAUAAAACUUUGUUUUAAGUGUACUGGCAAUGUUUUUGAUGUAGCAUGUUAGCAUUGCGAAUUGUGACAUAGUAUAAAAUUACAUUAUUUACAUAACGCACACAUAAAACUCUUGACCAAGUGAUAAACGUGGCAGCUAAUACGUCAGAAGCUAUCAUAGCAGUCUAUACUUUCACUCAGUGGUCCUUCUUUGUUCACAAAAAUCUGCUCGAUGUUAAGCAAAGGUAAGGAAAUGGGAAUGAAAUUUACCAAAAUGAAAGCGGUCACUAAACAUCACUUAGCAGGAGCAACAUUUGCUCAGUCAGCCGCUACAACUACUGACAAUGAAACAUGCAAACACUGGACUGAAGUAUAUGGACACCGCUGCCACAAAGUUUUCUACUUUGAAUCUGACUUUACUUACUUUAGGCUUACUUCCUGCAUAUCUUCUUCUCUUACCGCUGUCAUUGUUUUAGAAAGUGUCGCUAAGAGAAACACAGGUUAGUUCUAAGUUGGAUUGCAUGAUAUGACGACGUCACGUUUGGUGACUUUUGAUAUGUGGCUUUCGGGUGAAAUUUCAGGAUGAAACUUGUGAUCUGCUGUUCAACGUUUCAGUACUUUCUACACAACUUGUAUACAAGUGGACGUCUUGGAAUUUUUUUAUGGAUAACUCCCAUUGUGAAUUUUGACAUUCAGCUUCUUGUCAGACAAGAGCAACUUGUACAAAGAGUACUGAAACAAAACAAGUUCAACUGUAAAGGUUACACUGCAUUUUAAGUUCAUCAGGAAAUUUCACCCGAAAUCCGAAUAUCCCCGACUUUUUGUGAGGACUGUCGUGUAUUUCACCAAGAUUUUGGUUACUUAACUUUAUGGGUGCUUGAACUUCAAGGAACCACUGUACUGUUAACAGAAUACACAAUUUUAAACUUGUAAAUUUAGAGAGUAGAAUUUAGAUGUUAUGGGUGUACCAAAUAAAGUGUCUGGUAAAUUGUGAAUUUUAAAAGUCUCUCUACAACCUUAAAGCUAAUGGGACUCUCCCAGUGCAUAAAAAGAUAUAUACAGUAAAUUCAUCUAUUUGUCACAAGCAAAACCUACAGCAGACACUUUUCCUUCCACUUUCGCCGUAACAUAUCAAAUAUUGCGGUGGUGUGGCGAAGAGCAGGGUGGAAACAGUCAAACAACUGCUUAGUCAUUAUGAUCUGGGCAACUCUGUCCUGUCAGCCCAUCUUGCCUUUUGCAUUUUCGAAUGUGGAAGUCAUGUUUUUCCUAUAUUUGACUCACAUUUCAUCACAUUCAUACCUUGAAAUGAGCGUCUCAAAGAUUACUCCCCUCAUCAAUCUAUAUCUGACCGCAAACUGUCAUAAGAUGUUCAAUGGACAAUGCAUGUGCUGAAUGCACACUGCAAAAGGUUAAUAAAAGACAGCUCCAGCCCUGUUAUGCAGAUAUGCUCUGUACUACAGUAUACAAGCAGAUACAGUACAUUACGUUGGAUUACAUUAGGAUUAUUCAUAUUUGCAGUGCUUCUGGACUUUGUCUACUGCAUCUGAGGUAAAAGAUUCAGAAGAUGAAAUAGUUGGAGUUCCUUUUGGCAUCAUUUAAAUAUACCAGUGAUUUUUCUGGGUCCUUUGCUGUCAUGUCUGAUACUAACUUGUUGACCACAAGCUUGAUUAUCAUGUUUUAUGACGUGGAGCGGGCUUUGUGUUACCAAAAUCUAAAAAUAAAGAAAGAAAGAUUAUUUUUGUAUUUUGAAACAGAGAUGUUUGUGAUCUAAUAAAUCAGAACGCUGGUUCUCAUACUUGUUUUAUGGAACUCGCCUUGUUUUAUAUAUCUCUUUGUGUCCCGAGGCACAAAACAUUUGCCAGUGUAAUGUCUUUUGACCGUCAUUUCAGUUUAAAUGCAAUUAUCGAAAAGCAUACAUAACAGAACUCUUUGUCACGGGCUUCAUUCAACUUCCGAAUGGAUGCAACAAAAGUCAAGGGAGUCCCUUUAAGGCAUGACUGAGAACCAACGAUGAAGAAAUACAUUUGGGAAAUCCUAAAACUACAAAGUAUGUUCCAAGUGAUAUUCCCCCUCGACAUUGUAACACAAUCAACAUUUGGUUUUAUUUAUGUUUUGUAACUAAUCCAAAUAAACAAUGUCCAACAUCA